CAAGGAGGCGUGUAUAUCCGGGGAGUUUAUUUCCUGACAGGCCUGCCUCUGGGCACAGGGCGCGUCCGGCGCAGCUGCCACUCUGAACGCUCCGCCAGAGACGGGACAGGCUAAGCAGCUAAUCGUGCUAAAUCCGCUAACCUGCAGACCAGCAGCAUUGUACCAGACUAGCGGCAUAAUGGUAGCCAGACCUAAAAGGCUAGCAACAGUUAAAUGAAGUAGCAGGUCGUUGUUUUUAAUUAGCUAGGUCUAGCUAACCCGGAAGGCAUCAGGUAUCAAUGGUUAGCACAACCAAGCGGACAUAACACUGCUGAUGUGAAAAGCAUCUCUUGCUGAGUAAAGGAUGUCUAAACGCCUGAGAAACACUGAGCUGUGCGCUGAUUGCACUGUUCCAGAGCCUCGGUGGGCUUCCGUCAACAGGGGUGUUUUGAUUUGCGAUGAGUGCUGCAGUGUUCAUCGAAGUCUGGGUAGACACAGCUCCCAAGUCCGUCACCUGACACACACACCAUGGCCUCCUACGCAGCUACAGAUGGUUCUGACAUUAUACAGCAACGGUGCAAAUUCAAUAUGGGAGCACUCUCUUCUGGACCCUGCAUCUGUGAUGAGUGGAAAACGCAAGGCCAACCCUCAGGACAAACUGCAUCCAAACAAAUCAGAGUUUAUUAGAGCCAAAUAUCAAAUGCUGGCAUUUGUCCAUCGCAUGCCUUGCCGGGAGGACGACAGCUCGACAGCCAAGGAUUUAAGCAAGCAACUUCACUCAAGUGUACGCACCGGGAAUCUCGAGACUUGUUUACGGUUGCUAUCCCUGGGAGCACAAGCUAAUUUUUUUCACCCAGAAAAAGGAAACACUCCCUUGCAUGUAGCUGCAAAGGCAGGACAAGUGUCUCAGGCUGAACUAUUAACUGUUUAUGGAGCAGAUCCUGGAGCCUCUGACAGCAACUGCAAAACUCCCAUUGACUAUGCAAGGGAAGCUGGCCACCAUGACCUGGCAGAUAGAUUGGUGGAAAUUCAGUAUGAACUAACUGAUCGACUGGCGUUCUACCUGUGUGGGAGAAAGCCAGAUCAUAAAAACAGCCAGCACUUCAUUGUUCCACAAAUGGCUGACAGCAGUUUAGAUUUAUCAGAACUGGCCAAGGCAGCAAAGAAGAAACUGCAGUCUCUCAGUAAUCAUUUAUUUGAGGAGCUGGCCAUGGAUGUGUACGAUGAGGUGGACAGACGAGAGACUGAUGCAGUGUGGUUGGCUACACAGAAUCACAGCACUCUGGUGACAGAGACGACUGUUGUGCCUUUCCUUCCUGUGAAUCCAGAGUAUUCAUCAACACGAAACCAGGGAAGACAGAAGCUGGCAAGAUUUAAUGCACAUGAGUUUGCAACUCUUGUGAUUGACAUUUUAAGUGAUGCUAAGCGCAGACAACAAGGGAAUACAAUAGCCAGUCCCAAAGACAAUGUUGAGUUUAUCCUGAAGAGUGUGGCUGUCAGGCAUUGCAGUGACAGCCAGGACAAUGACCAGCCUGACUACGAUAGUGUGGCGUCUGAUGAGGACACAGAUCACGAGCUCCCCUCAAGCAAGGGAGACAGGACAAAGAGUCUGGACUCUGACCUCUCCGAUGGACCCAUUACUAUGCAUGAAUACAUGGAGGUGAAAACCGCGCUAACUGCCUCUGAAGCCAAGAUCCAGCAUCUUAUGAAAGCCAACAACAACCUGAGUGAUGAGCUGAGGCUGAUGCAUAAAAAGCUGCAAUCUCUGCAAAGCGAGAACUCCUCUCUCAGACGGCACGUCCCAACCAAUAUCUAUCAGAUCCCCAGCGGUUCAGACUACCCCGACCCCUCCAGCCCCUCAGCCCUGAAACGCCGGCAGUCUGCGCAGGCCAGUCGGCCCAUGUCUAUGUAUGAGACCGGCUCAGGCCUGAAGCCCUAUCUCCCUAAAGGGGACACUUCCUACCAAGAGGAAGGUAUCCCCACCCUGCAACCCUUCCCACCUCAUACGGAAAGGGGCGCUUUUGUGACCACCUCUUCAUCCCUCCCCUCAUUUCCAUCCACCCUGUCUUGGUCGAAGGACGAAAGUGCUCAAAAGGCCUCAAAGUUAGAGAACCAAAGCAGCAUGCCGGAAAGUGACUAUGACAACACAUUCAAUGACUCUGAGAUGGAUGAUUCGGGUAUGUGCAGGAGGAGGCUGAGGAGCAGUGGCUGGCUGGUGGAGGGCAGCUCUAUCCCAGAGCUGGAUGAUCACGAGAUGGAGUCGGACCCAACACUACCCAGCACAGAGGACGUCAUCCGCAAAACCGAGCAGAUCACCAAGAAUAUCCAAGAGCUGUUGCGAGCUGCUCAGGAGAACAAACAUGACAGCUUUAUACCCUGUUCAGAAAGAAUACAUGUGGCUGUGACAGAAAUGGCUGCCCUCUUCCCCAAGGUAUGGAAACAAAAGCCACGCUCGGAGACUGUGAGAGGCUCUCUGCGCUUGUUGACCUCCAGUGCGUACCGGCUUCAGAGUGAGUGCAGGAAGGCGUUGCCUUCGGAGGGCUGCCCAGGACCGGACAUGCAGCUGGUCACCCAGCAGGUCAUCCAAUGUGCUUAUGACAUUGCCAAGGCAGCCAAGCAGCUUGUCACCAUCACUACAAAGGAGAAUACCAACUAACAGCACUUACAGACAGCCAGCAUCUCAGUUUUAUUCUUGAAUAUAUUUUUUAAUGAUUUUUUUGUAUUGGUGGUAUAUGCAUGCAUUGUUUUUUUUAAUUUAUGAUAAAUAUUUAAAGCCAAGUCUGGACAAAAUCUGAGUGUAAAAGGAAAACUGACUGAAACUGAAUACUGAGCUGUAGUAAUAGCACAAUUUCUCUUAAGAUAAAAUAAUAACUUCCACAAAUCCUGUUAAAUCAAGCAGCCGGCCUGGGGACUCUAAUGGUUUAUAGAUUACAAUGACUUUGUUACAAAUCCUCUUGAAUCAGUCCAUAAUGUAAAUAGCUAUUAUUGAGAGAAGGAAUUAAGCACAGUACAGUAAAUACACAUAAUGAUAUCGGUUAAUGUUAUUAGUCCAAAGCCAGAACUGGAUUCUGAAAAGCCAUAAAUGAGUUAUGAAUCUGCUGUCAUUGAAUGCUAUUGCUAACACAUCUAUUGCUAACACAACUCCUCAUUAGUAGCACUUUGCAAGCGUCAUCAUACUGUAAAGUUUAAUCUCCAAAAACAAACUGACCAUUUUAUGUGUGACACUUCAUCAAUGCACACAUUGCAGCUCAGCAAUGCAAAUGUUUGUUGCAUCAAAAAAGCUAUUGAUAUGGUUUGUCCCCUGUCCAAGUGAAAUCAGUCUGCAGUGCAUGAAUUGCGCCUAGUCAUGUGUGCCCAUUUGUCCAUUCAGUGAAAGCAAAUAACGCUUGUUCAGGGGCCAUGUUGUAUUCUUCACCAGCACCAAGAUGUUGUAGUAUUAAUUCAAAUGAUCUGGUGUGUUUAUUCACACUGCACUUCACUCUGCGUUCUUGAGUGCCAUUGCAGUGUUGGUGAUGUUACAAGAUAUUUAGAGCUAAUAGCCAUACUGUAUGUAUGUCCUUGUUUUUUGUGCUCUGUUCCGUUGCUGCUAGUUUGGUAUUUGAUAUGCAAUAUAUGGGAUAAAAGUCUUGACGUCUCCCGUAUCAUUGUGCAAACCAAUGUUCAUCCUCACCAAGUGUUUAUCGUCAUUUUGAAAACUGAUCAAGGUAAAGUUUACUCUCUGUACUUGACCGGAGUGCAGUGAUGUAUGUGACUUUGGAAAAGUAAUUAUUUUCUAAAUAAACUUAAUUUAUAAAU